CACGCAGGACGCCACUGCCCUGUCGCCCGGCCUUUGCAGCCCAGGAAGUGGGCGCGGUAGCUGGAGCUGGAUCCUGAGGGGGCGCGGGCGGCUUUCAGACUGGGUCGGAGGCCUGCGGGCCGGCAGUCUCUGUCCCUCCUGUUCUUGUCCGGCGCUGCUUAGCCCCUCCGCUUUGUCAUCAUGGAUCCGAUUUUAAACCGAAUGGAUUAUCUACAGGUGGGAGUAACAUCUCAGAAGACUAUGAAGCUACUUCCUGCCUCAAGACACAGAGCUACACAAAAGGUGGUUAUUGGGGAUCAUGAUGGGGUAGUUAUGUGCUUUGGCAUGAAGAAAGGAGAAGCAGGAGCAGUGUUCAAGACUUUACCGGGGCCGAAGAUUGCAAGAUUGGAACUAGGAGGGGUUCUUAACACACCUCAGGAGAAAAUUUUUAUUGCUGCAGCAUCUGAGAUUAGAGCCUUCACAAAAAGAGGAAAACAGUUCCUCUCUUUUGAAACAAACCUCACUGAAAGCAUUAAAGCUAUGCACAUAUCUGGCUCAGACCUCUUUCUCAGUGCAAGUUACAUCUAUAACCAUUAUUGUGACUGCAAAGACCAACAUUAUUACCUUUCUGGGGAUAAAAUCAAUGAUGUUAUCUGCCUUCCAGUGGAAAGAUUAUCUCGUAUCACACCUGUAUUGGCCUGCCAGGACAGAGUGCUCAGAGUUUUACAGGGAUCUGAUGUGAUGUAUGAAAUUGAAGUUCCUGGCCCCCCUACUGUCUUAGCACUACACAAUGGAAAUGGCGGUGACUCUGGAGAAGACCUUUUGUUUGGGACAUCAGAUGGAAAACUUGGGCUUAUUCAGAUUACUACAUCCAAACCAAUACACAAGUGGGAAAUUCGAAAUGAGAAAAAGAGGGGAGGUAUUUUGUGUAUUGACAGCUUUGACAUUGUGGGUGAUGGGGUUAAAGAUUUACUUGUUGGGAGAGAUGACGGAAUGGUGGAAGUGUAUAGUUUUGAUAAUGCAAAUGAACCUGUUCUACGAUUUGAUCAGAUGUUGUCUGAAAGUGUCACAUCUAUCCAGGGUGGUUGUGUAGGAAAAGACAGCUAUGAUGAAAUCGUGGUGUCCACAUAUUCAGGCUGGGUUACAGGUCUGACAACAGAGCCCAUUCAUAAGGAAAGUGGACCAGGAGAAGAACUAAAAUUUAAUCAGGAGAUGCAGAAUAAAAUUUCUUCCUUACGGAAUGAGUUGGAACAUCUGCAGUAUAAGGUAUUGCAGGAAAGAGAGAAUUAUCAGCAGUCUUCUCAAUCAAGCAAAGCAAAAUCAGCAGUACCUUCCUUUGGUAUAAAUGAUAAAUUUACACUAAAUAAAGAUGAUGCCAGUUAUAGCCUUAUCUUAGAGGUACAGACUGCAAUAGAUAAUGUCUUAAUACAGAGUGAUGUUCCAAUAGAUUUACUUGAUGUGGAUAAAAAUUCUGCUGUUGUUAGCUUUAGCAGCUGUGAUUCUGAGUCAAAUGACAACUUCCUUCUCGCCACUUAUCGGUGCCAGGCAAAUACUACAAGGCUGGAACUCAAGAUUCGCUCAAUUGAAGGCCAGUAUGGCACACUACAAGCAUAUGUGACUCCAAGAAUUCAACCCAAAACCUGUCAGGUCCGCCAAUAUCACAUCAAACCUCUUUCACUCCAUCAAAGAACUCACUUUAUUGAUCAUGACAGACCCAUGAAUACACUGACUCUAACAGGCCAGUUCAGUUUUGCUGAAGUUCACUCCUGGGUGGUUUUUUGUCUGCCUGAAGUUCCAGAAAAACCUCCAGCAGGAGAAUGUGUGACAUUUUACUUUCAGAACACCUUUCUAGAUACACAACUUGAAAGUAUCUACAGAAAAGGAGAGGGAGUUUUUAAAUCUGACAACAUUUCUACUAUCUCCAUCCUAAAAGAUGUGCUUUCUAAAGAAGCUACAAAAAGGAAAAUUAACCUCAACAUAUCAUACGAGAUAAAUGAAGUAUCAGUCCAACACACUUUAAAGCUAAUCCACCCAAAGCUGGAGUACCAGUUGCUUUUGGCUAAGAAAGUGCAGUUAAUUGAUGCUUUAAAAGAAUUGCAGAUUCAUGAGGGAAAUAUGAACUUUUUGAUACCAGAAUAUCGCUGUAUUCUAGAAGAGGCAGAUCACCUACAGGAAGAAUACAAAAAGCAACCUGCACAUCUUGAAAGACUCUAUGGCAUGAUCACUGAUCUUUUCAUAGAUAAAUUUAAGUUCAAAGGCACCAAUGUAAAAACUAAAGUACCCCUUCUAUUGGAAAUUCUGGACAGUUAUGACCAAAAUGCAUUGAUUUCAUUCUUUGAUGCAGCAUGAAAUACAAAUAAGGUAAAGUCCCAAAGAAGUGGUCUGUUUAAAUGAAAAAUGUUAAAACAGAAUUAGAAGUUAACUGUGUACAUACUUUAAUUUCAACUGCUUUUUUAUAUCUAAAAAUAUUUGAGAUAUAAUGGCUUUUUAAAGUAAUGCUUCUGUUUCUUUUGACAAGUUGAACUUUCUAAAAGAGUUUUUAUUUUUAAAACACAAAUAGAAUGAUUUAAAUAGGAUUUUAAUGAAUUUUUGAUAAGUGGCUGUUUUAAUUUUUAAAUUGAGAAGUAAUAUGUGGAAAAUGAAAAUAUAUUCAAAUGUAUUACAAGGUACAUAAACACAUAAAUAUAUAAACUGCUUUAUAGGUUUCAAAAUGUAUUUUUAUGUAUUACCUUAUUUGAUCUUAACAACUGUUGUAUAAGUUUGUCAAAUCAUAUAAGAAAACUGAUUCUCAGUGAAAUUUUGUGAUUAAGAGGACAUGCUAGUAUUUUAUAAAGCUGGGACCAGAACCCAAGUACUGGUACUUGCUUUGUGUCCUGGUUACUAUGUAUGUUGCCAGCUAGUGGAAGUAACCUACCAAUUAUUUUUUCUAGGAGAUAGGAUUGAUUUGCAACUGAUUUUCCUUUUGCUUGGUGAUGUUUUAUGACUCUGCUGCAGUUUGUGGAAAUGCUGGACUUGGCUCAGUGCUAUAAAUUGUAGUCAGGGAAAUACGAAGAGCUUACACAGAGUCAGGGGAUCUUAACUAGACAUGCUGUAACCAGUGGAGCUAUUCAAGCACGCUACAAGUGAAGAGUGCAGAAAUAGUGAUGCCAUAUUAGAUUUUCCUACACCAGUAUGAUCUCUUUUUAUCAUAUAUGACAUUAAGGCUACAGAAGUUUUGUACAUUAAUCUUAAUUCAUAUUUAUUAAUUUCAAAGAAAUAUUGAAACGUCUUAAAAUGGCAUAAAGAUAAUGGAAAAUAAGCUUUGUUUCAAGAAGGGCAGACUCACUAAUUUUUUAGAAAACAAUGCUUCUUAAUGAUAUGCUAUUAUACUUACUAGGUACGUGCAAGCUUUGUAUAUAAAUAUAAAAAUUUGUUACAGGCACAUAUAGUUAAGAGAAUUUUAUUUUAAUAAGAUCGUAUUGUUUUUACUAUAUUUAAAGAAACUUUACUUCUGAAGGGAACAUAAUUAUAUCUAGGUCACUAGAAUGUCAUUGUAUUUUUUGUUGGCUGCCACAGCUUGGGGAAAAAUAGAUAAAAAUUAAUGACUCUAUUUGAAUAUUUUGUAAUGCAUUGUAUAUUUAUUAUAUAUAUAUCAACAGUAGUUCAAGGUGGCACUUAAUUGCAUCUUCAUUAGGAAAAAUAAAAAGCAUAAAACACAAUUUCUGGUUACUAUGAAUAAAUGCCUAAAUGUUAAGAUGA